AUGCAUAAGAAUUUGGGUUCCUAUACUGGCUUUGAUCUUUGCUAUCGUGCCUCUCAGGUUUCCCAGGUGGUGCUAGUGGUAAAGAAACCUCCUGCCAAUGCAGGAGAUGCAGGAGACAUGGGUUCGAUCCCUGGGUUGGGAAGAUUCCCUGGAGUUGGAAAUGGCAACCUGCUCCAGUAUUCUUGCCUGGAAAAUUCUACUGACAGAGGAACCUGGAAUGCUAUAGUCCAUGGGGUUGCAAAGAGCUGGACACGACCAAACAUGCACACAUGCCCUCAUGCACACGAACACAUACACAGAGUGCAUCUGGGUAAGUAG